CACUCGAUCCCACCUGUGAUAUUUUAGAAGUCCGAGGUUGCUCUGCUCCCGAUUAUAAUUAAAUGGAUUCUGAGCUUGAAUUAGGAUCUUUCUCUCGAUAAAUAAUUUUAAUAAUGUCAAAGUCUCUUAUUGUUUUCUUCAGAACUUAUUAAGCAAAAAUGCAGACCUUCUGUGUUGUGUUUUGUUUGGUUUGUGUCCUGAAUUUCUGUGAAUGUUCAACCUUCUGUGCAGAAUACAAAAAGCCUGUGGUUGCAUUCACUGCAAAGCUCUCAAGAGAUACAACAAUUAGUGGUCACGGGGUGGUCAAGUAUGAUCACGUGUUAACGAAUUGGGGCGGGGCCUAUAAUUCACAGACCGGGAUAUUCACUGCUCCCUAUGAUGGCCUCUACGCAAUAUCGUGUACACUCAUGGCUCAAACAUCAAAUAGUGUGCAUUUGCAAAUUGUUAGAAAUGGGAAGAAGAUGUCUAUCUUAUACUCUGCAUCGAAAACGUUUCCUCAGUCAGGACAAACGCUUCAUCUGCUACUCAACAAAGGGGAUAGAGUCUGGAUACAGAAUCACAAUCAACAUACCGCAAAGCUACACGAUCACGGCUCAUACAACUUGUUUUCCGGUCUUCUAGUUACAGACCUUUGAUACUGAAAUUGAACAAUAUUUUGAAAUAAAUCAUUUGCAAUCAUGUAAA